AUGCAGUGUUUUGAUAGUUUCGCCAUUGCUUUCGAUAAUGAAAGAACAAUGUGAAUACUUGAAAUCUUGUGAUUUUACCUCAACGUAUAUUGGCAGAGAUAGUAGCGAAGACAUAGACAUUAUCAAUGGUAAUUUUCAAUUCCUGUUUGCUUCACCGGAAUCCAUUUUGUCUGUAAAUAAGUGGAGGGACAUGCUCAGUGCUAGCAAACAUUUCAAACUGUUCGUCGUCGAUGAGGCCCAUACUGUAUUGCAUUGGGGUGAAAGUGAAAUCGAGAUGGAGCCUUUCCGUAUCUGGUACAGCAAGCUAGGCGAAAUCAGAUCCCUAAUACAGUGUCCUGUCCUGUUGAUAACUGCAACAGCUAACAGAUCAGCUCGAAUGGAAAUGCAGAAGAAGUUUUGCAUGAUAGAUUGUCAUGAAAUUAUUCAAAAUCCUGAUAGAGAAAAUAUCAAGCUGUUUGUUCAUAAAUUUAAGAGCACAGUUUCACAUGGAGACAUUUUCUACUUUCUUAUUCACUUGUUAAAAAAGGACAAAGAACUGUGUGAAAGAUUUUUGAUAUUCUGUCCUUCAAUUAAAACAUGCAGUGAAUUAUUUUCUGCCUUUAGGAUGAAACUUGGGCAUAUCAUUAAGCAUGUUGACAUGUUUCAUUCACAAUCACCAGACACAGUUAAAGAAAAGAUUAAAGAAGACAUGAGUGUAGAGAGUGGUAACAUCAGAGUUUUAGUUGCAACAAGUGCAGCAGGGAUGGGAGUGAAUUUCAGAUCGGUUAAAUAUGUUAUAAAUUAUGGACCUCCCAAAGAUAUGGAUGGAUUUGUCCAACAGUUCGGUAGAGCAGGUCGUGAUGGAGGAGUGGCCAUGGCCUUGUUACUUUUUAAUGGUAAACAGUGUAGAAAAUUGGAUGAAGACAUGAAAACCUAUACUCAAAAUAAAGAAACUUGUCGUAGGGACAUCAUACUUUCAGCAUACAAAUCAAAAUCUGACCCCAAAAGAUUAAGGCACAUGUGCUGUGAUAUUUGUGAUGUCCAAUGUGAUUGUAAUAGUACUGACUGUUCAAAUUUUAAACAUCCAUUUUAUAAAUACGAAUUGCCUGUGUGUUCUUCAGAUUCUGAUAAUAGUGCUGACGACAUGUUUGACGACGAUUCAGAUUAAAACAAAUCAUUUCAUUAUA